AUAUAUAGAAUAUAACAACUAAAGUAAUAUGCAAUUUUAAAUUUACGUGUAUCGAAUUUCUCAUCCAGAUAUUUGUCAGAUAAACUGUCUGCUCUUCGACGUGAUGUCGCGAGUUUCCUACUUCACGCAAGUGACAACGUGAUUUCUUAACUAAAAUAGUCGGCAAUUAAAAAGAUGUAAAGGACGUUGUCACUGGCAAUGAACGAGAAUGUUUUAUCGAAAGUCCUAAGCUAAUUUUGUCUUCCAUAUCAUUUAUAAAUGCGCUAUACUAAUUGUUACAUAAUUUUAUUAACAAACCUAUACGCUGUGAUUAACUAAUUAGUAAAGUUAUUACCGACAUGUCAGAACAUGUUGAAUUACAACAUUUAGUUGAUAGUGACGUUGAAAGUAAUACGACAAUAAAACAGAAACGAUUUUCGGUUCUAACGUGUAAAUCAUGCCCUUACCUUGGUUUAAUACUGGCGACGUUAUCGUCAUUGUUUUUCUCAUUAUGCAGCGUCAUUGUGAAGAGUUUAGUAGAGGUUAAUCCAAUGGAAUUGGCAGCAUUUCGUUUUGUGGGUGUAUUGUUACCUGCAAUACCAAUUGUGAUAUAUAAAGGAGAACAUCCUUUUCCAAAGGGGCGUAGGCUAAUGUUAAUAUUAAGAAGUUUUGUAGGGACCACUGGCCUUAUGCUAAGUUUUUAUGCAUUCAGGUAUAUGCCAUUAGCCGAUGCAUCUGUUGUAGUAUUUUCUGUUCCUGUAUUUGUAGCUAUAUUUGCGAGAAUCUUCUUAAAGGAGCCUUGCGGAAUAUUUAAUGUUAUUACAGUCUGUUUAACAUUGAUCGGUGUAGUUCUGAUAACACGUCCGCCGCUUAUUUUUGGGCAUACUAUAAAGUCUCUUUCCGAUGGGCAUGUAAAAACAGAACAUGCAGAUUUAUGGGGUGCCGUGGCAGCUUUCUCGGCGACACUGUUUGGUGCAAAUGUGUACGUUUUAUUAAGAGCUUUGAAAGGCCUUCAUUUUUCAGUAAUAAUGACAAAUUUCGGAUCGUUUGCCUUAAUUCAGACAAUAACUAUAUCUUGGGCCAUAGGCGCACUUUGCUUACCUCGGUGUGGAACUGACAGACUCUUGGUCGUAGCACUUGCUCUUUUUAGCUUUGGGGGUCAAAUAUUAUUAACAUUGGCUUUACAGAUGGAACAGGCAGGACCAGUUGCAAUAGCAAGAUCAGCAGACAUAGUCUUUGCAUUUUUCUGGCAAGUUUUAUUCUUUAAUGAAAUACCAAACCGUUAUUCAGUAGGGGGAGCAAUUUUAGUCACAAGUUCAGUUUUAUUAACAGGAUUAAGAAAAUGGGCACUUUCAUUGCCAGAAACAUCUAGCAUUAAAAAAUCUUUAGGUAUUUUGGUGAUGUAGACUAUGAUUCACAAAAGACAAAUUUUAAGAAUUUAUUAUGCUUUUUUUUUAAAUUUGUUUC